AUGGAUAUCGAAAAGUCGUCGGAUCUAAGUCCAAUGCUCGAGUAUGAGUUCUGGUGUCAGCGGUACACGUUGUUCAUGAAAAUUAUCGAACAGGUCAAGAGCAAAGAGGUGAAGAAGAACGUAGAAAUAAUGCAGGAAAAUAUCGAAAGCGGUACGGUGCGAUACACUUUGCGCGAGUUCCACGCGGCCGUGCAAAGUGCAAUGACCACCUUCAAAAAAAUCCUUAAAGUCAACUACACGUGCAUGGUCAAGUGCUACGAGAGGUUUAACGAAUUGGCAAACGCUCCAUUCUCGUUGAUCGCCAAGCGGUUCGUUGCUCUCUACGAUAACUUGAAAAGCUUGUGGAGCGUGUCGAGUUUUUUCGGCGACGACAAGCAAAUGGAGCGUGUCCUUCGGUCUAUUUCCGACUGUCUCUCCAACAGGGUCAUGAGGACACUGACUAUUCCCGGUGUUUUCAAUUUGGACGUGAACGAAACUCUGGAAAUGGUCAACGACGCCAUAGCCAUGUUGGACAAUUGGAAAAGACAUUAUUACAAGUGCCGAGGGGAAAUCGAGAGUGUAGCGUUGUUCAGGCGUUGGGAGUUCAAAAAGGAAUUGCUUUUCGACCAGACCGAGUAUGUCCGGUACGUGGUGAACGACUUGAAGACUAUUUUACAGAUCAUUGGCCAGUUCACGAUCGUUUUCGGUCCCGAAAUGAAAUCCAUAGUGACCCAGAUACCGUUGACCGGUUCGGUGCUAAUGGAAGGCCUGACCGGCGAAUUCUUCAACAUCGACUUCAACGUUUACCAUCAGGACGAAGAGGAGACCUGGAAGCAAAUUGUGGCAAAGUUUUUCGGUAGAGUCGGUGAAAUGGAAUUGCAGGCCAACACGUUCAUCGACUUGUGCUUCUUGAGGCUGAGGACGGCGGCAGGUGGAUUUAAAGCGCUUCAGAUUUUCGAGCAAAUGGACACCAGAGAGUCGAUGCACAAACGCCUCUCGCAAAAGUAUCCGGUCAUAAUAGAAAAGUUCAAGAGCGAAAUGAAGACCGCCAAAUCUAUGUUUGACUACUCUAGAAUAGUCUCGCAGCUGCCAAGGGAUCAACCGCCGGUUUCGGGAAACAUCAUGUUCGUGCGGGAAUUGAUUUUGAGGGCCAAGAAAACGGCGUUGCUGCUCACCGGAUACUCUAAAGAGUUGGAACAGAAAUACGAACUUAAAGAGUUCGCCACGUACAUAUGCGUCACCAAAGAAAUGAUGGCGUACGAGAGGAGUACAUUUCUGAAUUGGGUGGAAAAAGCAUUACAAACGGAACAGGAGAAAACCAGAGAAACGCUUUUGAUGUUCAUCGGAAACAGGGAAGACAUUAUCAUAUCCAAGUUUAACAGGAAACUGUUUGGCGUCAUCGACGAAGGCACGCAAAUGUACUUGAUCGGAUACGAUUUACCUGAGAACAUCAAAUAUCUGAUAAUGCGAUUGCCACAGAUCAAACGUAACGUGAUGUCCAUCGACACUAUAGUGGGAAUGAUGGGAAACCUCAUUGGACAAAUGGAUAAACAUGUGAAAAUCUACGACCGAACUGAAGCUCAGAGCAACAUGAAUAUAUCGCUUUUGAUGCAAUCGACUAGCAUUAUUCCCAGAAUUAUUAGUUUGAUUGAAAAUACUUGCUAUGGGUUUUCGACGGGCCGACACGAGGGAAUGUCACUGUUUUAUCAAAAAUACGAAACAAUCAUAUUCGAAAAUAUCGUAAGGAUGGUGAUCAACAACUUAAAAAUGUUCAAGCAAAUAUUGCAAAACGACAAGGCAAUUUUUGUCAUUUACGCACGAAUGGUCAACGACGAGUUUUUGGUGGUGCCCAACAUACCGAUCAUAGUGUUCACCAUAUUGAGGAUCAUGCGGUACUUUUUAGAGCGCUUGCGGGUCAUGCCCAGAUGGUUGAAAGACACAGCCAUCCCUUGUCCCACGGCAUAUCAUGUGCAGACCGGCACGAAACAUUUGUUCUCGUUUUACGAUAAUUUGUCGGACCGCAAGCACGUUGUCCAAAUGCUAAAGAAGUGUCACGACUCUGCUAACAAGGUUGGGGGUUUGGUGAUGAAUACCAUAAGAAAUUUGAAAAAAUUUAAUUUUCUCUUCGAGAGGCAAGAAACUUUGGUGCUUGAAAUGUUUGCCGAAACCAACCCGAAGCUACACGACUACAAAAGACAGUUAAAUUUUUUUCGAAAUCUCGCCGAAGGCCUGAAAGAGCAGACCACUUACAUGGACGUCGGGUGCAUAAGGAUCAAUCAUUCGGAUUACAUAAAAAAGCUGAUAGACCAGUGUACUAUGUGGCAUUCGUUGUAUGGCAUGCAGCUCAUGCGCGAAUGUAGUUUGACGAUGACGGAUUUUUCAAAAUUAAUCGCAACCUACAGAGAAAGGUUAAAUUCGCACGUACAAGACGUGGAAAGUUUCAAAGUUGUCCUACAAGCCGUUGAAGAUAUUAAGCAUAUGGUUUUUUUUGCGGAUUACUCUUUCAACGAAAUAGAGAAUAGAUUCAACUUAAUGAAAAGCCAUAGUUUGAAAAUACCGUACGAAAACCAUUUUCAAUACAAGGCUCUAAAAGAUGAUUGGAAAGUUUUAUACGGAGAAGCGUUGUCAAAAAGUUAUUCAGUGGAAGAAAUCAAAAAAGGUUUCACGGGAGUAGCUCAGGAACAAAUCAACGAAUUUAUCGACCGAGUGGCAUUGUUUCUGAAAGACUAUUACGAAAACGGUCCCGGUACCGUCGGUGAAAAUUUAGAUUUGGGCAUUCCCAAAUUAAAAGAAUUCGACGAAAAAUUCAGCGAUAUAUUCGAAGAAAGAUAUGAGGCUGUUAAAAGUGCGCUGCUUUUUGGACUGCCGUACAUUCCCAUGGAACACCUCGAAGCAGCUUUUCAAAAUUUUAAGUGUAUGCAGUAUAUACUAGAGUUGUACAUGCGUCAAAAAACGUCCAGAGAAGAGUGGGCGAAAGCCCUUUGGUCGGACUUAAACCCUCAACUACUAAUUGAAGGCAUGGAUGAGUUUCUUAAAGAUUACAAAAAAAUUCCUCGAGAAUGUCGCAGUGUUAAGAUUGCAACAGUAUUAGAGUCGAAAAUGAAAAGUUUCAAAAAUUCUAUUCCACUGUUCAUCGAACUCAAGAACGAAGCUAUGAGGGAACGUCAUUGGAACCAGUUGAUGGAUAAGACUGGUCAACAUUUCGACAUGACUCCAGAAGUUUUCACGUUAGGAAAAAUGUUUGCUAUGGACUUAGGUCGUUACGAAGAUAUAUGUAUGGAAAUAAUAGGAAACGCUGUAAAAGAAUUGAGCAUCGAACGUAGCGUCAAAGAGAUUUCUAUUAUAUGGGAAACUAUGUUGAUUGAAGUCACCAAACACAUCAAAGACGAUAAAUAUCGAGGGCUUAUUUUGGGUGAUUUAUCCGAACUCAAUCAAACUUUGGAAGACAACAGAAUGACUCUACAGAGCAUGGCAGGGUCGCAAUUUGUCGGUCCAUUUUUGCCUGUUGUACAAAAAUGGGAUAAAAACUUGGCGGUAAUCAGUGACGUUUUGGCCGAAUGGUAUCAGGUGCAGUUGAAAUGGGUAUAUCUGGAAGGAAUAUUUCUCGGCGGAGAAAUCAGGUUGCAACUUCCUGAAGAGGCCAAAAGAUUCGAUGACAUGGACAGAACUUUCCGCAUGAUUAUGGCAGAGACAAAGCGAAAUCCAAAAGUAAUGGCCCAGUGCUUGUCGCCCGGUCGGUUGGAGGAAUUCCAAGCGCUAUUCGAAGGUUUCGAAAUGUGUCAAAAGUCGUUAAACGAGUAUUUGAAUUCGAAGAGGAACGCGUUUCCGAGAUUCUUUUUCAUAUCCGACGAAGAACUGUUGUCGAUCCUCGGUAAUUCAAACCCGGCCAGCAUUCAAGAGCACAUAGUAAAGAUGUUCGACAACGUUGGCAGCUUGUUACAAGUGAAAACCGUUGAGAACACCGUGAUCGUGACUGCCAUGAUUUCUUGCGAAAAAGAAGUGAUGGAAUUCAAAGCCAUCGUAUCGGCUGAAGGAUCGGUUGAGAAUUGGAUGAACAACGUGCUGGUGGAAAUGUGGAGAUCUAAUAAGUUCUUGUCGAAGAAAGCUAUUUUUUACUACGGUACGGUAAGGAGACCACGAUGUGAUUGGAUACUGGACUACCAGGGAAUGAUAUGCUUAGCGGCAAAUGGUGUAUGGUGGACGGCUGAAAUAGAAAACGUGUUCAGGAAAAUCAAAGAAGGGAACAAACGAGCCAUGAAAGACUAUUUGGAUCAGCAGAACCGACAAUUGGACGAGCUGGUGUUAAGAGUGAGAGGCGAUCUUAGUAAGAACGACCGGAAAAAAUUCAACACUAUACUCAUAGUGGACGUCCACGCCAGAGACAUAAUUGAAAAUUUCGUUCGUGAUGGCAUUAUGGAGAGUCAGGAGUUUGACUGGGAGAGUCAAUUGAGGUUUUACUGGAAGAACGAACUGGAUAACUUAAUGGUACACCAGUGUUCCGGAACGUUCUCCUAUGGAUACGAAUACAUGGGUCUCAAUGGUCGUUUGGUCAUAACGCCUCUGACUGAUCGAAUCUACCUGACCAUAACUCAAGCGCUGUCCAUGCAAUUGGGAGGCGCACCUGCAGGACCGGCUGGUACCGGAAAAACCGAAACGACUAAAGAUCUCGCCAAAGCUAUGGGUUUGCUUUGCAUGGUUACGAACUGCGGUGAGGGCAUGGACUAUCAGGCAUUUGGUAAAAUUUUAAAUGGUUUGUGCCAGUGCGGGGCUUGGGGGUGUUUCGACGAAUUCAACCGUAUUGACAUUUCGGUGCUCUCCGUCAUCUCAACGCAACUUGGAACUAUCAGAAACGCGCUGCUCGACAAAGUGCAAACAUUCAUGUUUGAAGGCAGGAACAUUAAAAUGGACAAUAAAGUGGGAAUAUUCAUCACUAUGAAUCCCGGUUACGCGGGACGUACUGAACUUCCCGAGACAGUGAAAGCAUUAUUUAGACCAGUCGUUUGCAUAGUACCCGAUUUAGAAUUGAUUUGCUUAAUUAUGCUGUUCUCUGAAGGAUUCCUGCAAGCCAAGGUUUUGGCGAAAAAAAUGACCGUCCUUUAUAAAUUGGCCCGCGAACAACUUUCGAAACAAUCCCAUUACGAUUUUGGAUUAAGAGCAUUAAAAUCCGUCUUGGUAAUGGCUGGCGAACUAAAACGUAGUGCGCCAGAUAUCGAUGAAGAUGUGGUACUGAUGAGAGCUCUAAGAGAUAUGAAUCUGCCAAAAUUCGUGUUCGACGACGUACCGCUUUUCUUAGGUCUAAUCUCUGAUCUCUUUCCCGGUUUAGAGUGUCCUCGUGUGACUUAUCCUGAUUUCGGCAAAGCGGUAGAAAAUGAACUAAGAAACAAAAAUUAUAUACAACUACCGAAUCAAAUGGAUAAAGUGAUUCAAAUGUACGAAACGAUGAUGACCAGACAUUCGACGAUGAUUGUCGGUCCUACGGGUGGUGGAAAAUCUGUUAUAAUUAAUAUGUUGGUGGGUGCGCAGACUGCAUUAGGUUUACCCACGUAUUUAUACACUCUGAACCCUAAGGCAUGUACCGUAAUCGAGCUUUAUGGCGUUUUGGAUCCAGUCACCAGAGACUGGACAGACGGGUUGUUGUCAAACAUUUUUAGAGAAAUAAACAAACCCAUACCGGACGACGAGCCCGAAAGGCGAUACAUAAUGUUUGACGGUGACGUGGACGCGUUAUGGAUCGAAAACAUGAACUCUGUGAUGGACGACAACAAAUUAUUGACAUUAGCCAACGGCGAACGUAUACGACUUUUACCUCACUGCGCACUAUUAUUCGAAGUUGGUGAUUUGAGAUUCGCGUCUCCAGCCACCGUUUCUAGAGCCGGUAUGGUUUACGUGGAUCCGAAAAAUCUCGGUUACAUGCCCUACUGGUAUCGGUAUGUGUCGAAUAGGAGAUCAUCCGAAAGAGAGCCGCUUAAUGUGCUGUUCGAGAAAUACGUGCCAGUGUUACUCGACCGGAUUAUAGAAGGAAAGAGCGGAUUCGAAGAGCUUACUCCUUUGCAAUUGGUCAUACCACAAACGAGAUUAAAUAUGGUGACGCAGUUGUGUUACAUGUUGGACGCGUUUGCAAAACAAGAAUCUGGAGACUACGAAGAGAGCGAAGAGGUCUUGAAAAGUGUGACUGAGUCUAAAAUGUCAAGUACGGUCUCCGAGGUAAAAGUUUCCGACGAGUUGGAAGCGAUUUUCAUAUCUUCUCUUUACGCAUCUCUUGGAGCCACUUUGGAAGGUGACGCGCGAGUCAUAUUCGAUGCUUUAGUGAAAAAAACGUCCGGACUAGUAGCGAUAGAUGACGUACCAGCCAAAAGAGCUUCUUACAAGUUCAUUCCGACACACGAAGAAACUUGGUUCGAUUAUUAUUUGGACACCACUCAAGAAAUUUGGGUACCUUGGAACACUUUAGUAGCGGACUACGAACACAACCCCAGCACUAAGUUUAGUGAAAUUCUUGUGCCUACGGUUGAUUCAACUAGAGUCACUUGGAUAUUGAGCUUCAUGAACGAAGUGAAACGGCCGGUGAUACUGGUCGGUGAAACUGGAACGUCGAAAACGGCAACGAUGCAAAAUUUCCUCAGGACUUUGGAUCCCUCUCAAUACAUACAAGCCAACUUGAAUUUUUCGUCCAGAACCAAUUCGAUGGACGUGCAGCGAAAUCUGGAGGCGAAUGUUGACAAACGCACAAAGGACACGUAUGGGCCUCCUAUCGGCAAGAAACUGAUUUGCUUCGUAGAUGACAUGAACAUGCCUCAGGUGGACACGUACGGCACGCAACAGCCCAUAGCAUUGCUGAAACUUCUGUUGGAACACGGCGGAAUGUAUGACCGGGGCAGAGAACUCAAUUGGAGGACUCUGGUGGACUUAUGUUUUUACGCGGCUAUGGGCAAAGCGGGGGGUGGUCGUAAUGAAGUUGACCCGAGAUUCAUGUCAAUGUUUUCCGUGUAUUGUAUGUCCACACCAUCGAACGAGACCAUCGAUCACAUUUAUCGAUCGAUACUAGCAGGGCAUACGGAAAAUUUCGACGAAAACAUUAGGAAUGCUGUCCCCAACAUUCUUAAAAUGACGCUGCAAUUGUACAAGACCAUACUUGUAGAGCUGCCGCCGACUCCGAGCAAGUUUCAUUAUAUCUUCAACCUUCGCGAUCUUAGUCGAAUCACGUGCGGAAUGCUCCUGACUAGUCCCGUAAUAUUCAAAAACUUGUCGGACUUUAUCAGGGUGUGGAGAAACGAGUUCACUCGGGUCAUAUGCGAUCGACUGAACAGUGUUAACGAUCAAGAGCUGAUGACGACGCGCAUCACUGAAGUACUAGAUACUUACUAUCCCGAAUACACAGAAGAAGUACUGGUGAAUCCUAUGAUUUAUGGUGACUACAAAAACGCGUUGGACGAAGAGGAAGUACGGCUGUACGAAGACUACAAAGAAUACGAAGAGAUACUGCACAUGUUUAAACAAAUUUUAUUCGAAUACAACGAAAAAAACACAAAAAUCGACAUGGUGUUGUUUGACAUGGCAUUGGAGCAUUUGACUAGAAUACAUAGGGUUUUGAGAAUGGACAGAGGACAUAUGAUGCUUGUCGGUGUAGGCGGCAGUGGUAAAGCUUUAAUGACAAAGGUUGCAGCAUUCACCGCGGGCUGUGAAAUGUUUUCGAUUAUGCUAAGUAGAGGUUAUAACGAAACGACUUUUAGAGAUGAUAUAAAAAAACUAUACUUAAUGUUGGGCGUGGAUAAAAAACCAUCUGUAUUUUUUUUUAAUCAAUCUCAAAUCGCCGAAGAAGGUUUUCUGGAAAUAAUCAACAAUAUUCUGACGAUCGGCAUGGUACCAGCUUUGUUCACCGAAGAGGAAAAAGACGGUAUUGUUAAUCAAGUGAGGAAAGACGCCAAAGACGCUGGUUAUGGAAUCGCCAAAGAUGCUGUUUGGAAUUACUAUUUGAAAACAUGUGUGAACAACCUACAUGUAGUCCUUUCAAUGGGUCCCGGUGACGAACUCAGAGCGAGAUGUCGAAAUUUUCCCGGUUUGGUAAACAAUACUUGCAUUAAUUGGAUUUUCGCUUGGCCCGUACAAGCGUUAUACGCCGUCGCAGAAUCGUUUUUGAACAAAGCGCCAAAAAUAAAAGACGAGUACCGAGAAAGCAUUGAAAAUCACGUCGUCUAUACCCACCAGAGUAUGAGUGGCUAUACCUUAGACUUUCAGUUGAAACUAAGGCGUAAAUCGUAUCUGACGCCUAAGCAUUAUCUAGAUUUUAUCACAUUGUACUUGACGCUAGUCGACGAGCGAGAAGUCAGCAUUACCCAACAAUGUGAAAGACUUUUGGUAGGUUUGCGAAAAAUUGACGAAGCCGAGGCUCAAUUGGCCGUUCUCAAUCGACAGUUGGAAGAACAAAAAAUAGUAAUGGCCGAAAAAACUUUAGCCUGUGAACUGUUGUUGGAUGAAAUCGCCGUCGCUUCAAAGAAAGGCAACGAAAAGAAAGAAAUCGUCGAAGUUAAAACCGCGGAAAUCCAAAAAGCAAGCAAAAUUAUAAAUUCAGAAAAAGAAGAAGCUCAGAAAAUAUUAAACUUGGCGUUACCCGCAUUGGAAGCAGCUAGGGAUGCUCUGAGUAACCUGGACAAAGCCGAUAUUACAGAAAUUAGAUCUUUCGCUACACCUCCUGAACCAGUGCAGACGGUCACCGAGUGUGUGGCUGUACUAAGAGGUUAUAAAGAAGUCAAUUGGAAAGUGGCCAAAGGAAUGAUGUCCGAUCCGAAUUUUAUUAAUACAUUGAAAGAGCUGGACGUCGACUCUAUAACUGGCAAACAACAAUCAAUAGUCAGGGCUAAGCUGAAGGCUUCAAAAAAAAUGUCAAUGAUGAAAUCGAUUAGUAAAGCUGGUUACGGUUUACUGUACUUUGUUGAAGCCGUGCUCCAAUACUGUGUCGUGUUCAAAGAAGUUCGACCGAAAAAAGAAAAAGUGGAACAACUUGAAAAGGAAUUUCAAAUAGCGACUGAUCAAUUGAACAAACUCAACAGAGACCUGACUAUUAUCAUGAAUAAUUUGAACGAACUAAACGAAAGGUAUCAAAGAGCCAUGGAAGAACGAAAGAUUCUCCAAGAAGAAACGAAUCUCAUGCAAAAGAGAUUGAUCGCGGCUGAUAAACUAAUUACCGGUUUAAGUUCGGAAAACGAAAGAUGGAGGAAUGAUUAUGCCAACUUAGAAAUCGACAUGUUAAAAAUAUUCGGAAAUUGUCUGAUGAGUGCCUCGUUUUUGGCGUAUACGGCUCCAUUUUCGUAUGAAUUUCGAAUUGAUAUGUUGUUCAACGAUUGGUAUAAUAAAAUAUUAGAAUCUGACGUACCAAUUAGCCAACCAUUUAAACUCGAAGUAGAACUCUGCGAUGAAGUUACAAUAGCGACGUGGAACUCCGAAGGUUUGCCUCCCGACGACCUUUCCAUACAAAACGGCAUACUCACCGUAAGAUCGAGUAGAUUCACCCUGUGUAUUGAUCCGCAACAACAGGCGCUCAAUUGGAUCAAGAAAAAAGAAGAAGCCAACAACUUGAAAAUACUUUCGUUUAGCGAUUCGGAUUAUCUGAAGUACCUCGAAAGCUCCAUAAUAUACGGAUCGCCAGUGUUGUUUCAAGACGUCGAUUAUAUUGAUCCCAUAAUAGAAAAUGUUCUUGAGAAAAACAUCAAGACCGUUGGCGGUAGGAAGUUUGUCAUAUUAGGUGACAAAGAAGUGGACUACGAUCCAAAGUUUUGUCUUUACCUGACCACAAAGUUAGCCAACCCAUCGUUUAACCCUUCGGUUUACACCAAAUCCACUGUUAUAAACUGUUCGGUCACACAAAACGGACUCGAAGAUCAACUGCUCUGCGUCGUAGUGAAAAACGAGAGGCCCGAUUUGGAAGAGCAAAGAGAGUAUUUGAUCAUGGAAACCAGUGCCAACAAGAACCUUUUGAAAAGACUGGAAGAUUCUCUCCUCCGGGAGUUGGCUACCUCGACGGGGAACAUGUUGGACAAUGUUGACCUCAUCGACACGCUGGAAGAAACCAAAACAAAAGCAAACGAUGUGAUGCAAAAAUUGGCGUUGGCAGCGAAGACUUCAGUGGAAUUGGACUUGCUCCGAAACCAGUAUCGUUCAGCCGCCACCAGAGGAGCGAUUUUGUUCUUCGUAUUGGCUGGCCUGAGCUCCGUCAAUGCCAUGUACCAGUACUCAUUGGUCGCAUACUUACAAGUGUUUACCACUUCUCUGAAAAAGUCAUUGCCCGACAUGAUAUUGAAGAAACGGCUAAUGAACAUAAUCAACACGCUCACCGAAUACUUGUACGAAUACGGGUGUACCGGCAUAUUCGAACGACAUAAACUUCUAUUUUCUUUUCAAAUGGCUUUGAAGCUCCAAAUGAGUACUGGUGAAGUGUCGGUAGCUGAGCUGGACUUCUUCAUCAAAGGAAACGUUGCGUUGGAAAAAUCCGAGAGAGCCAACCCAGCCAAAUGGUUGUCUCCUCAAGGUUGGGAGGACAUAGUGAAGUUGGCCAAAGACUUCUCCGAUGAUUUCCCCAGGUUGGACGAUCACGUCAUCAGAAACAUACGCGAUUGGCAGGACUGGUAUGAUUUGGACAUGCCCGAGUCUGCGGAUCCACCGGGAAUGUACUCCAAUUUUCGCACACCUUUUCACAAGCUCAUGCUGCUCCGAUGCUUUCGCGUGGACCGUGUGUACCAGGCAAUCAGUAACUAUGUGGCUUUGACGAUGGGCGAAACAUUCAUUACGCCGCCGUUUGUCAGCUACGAUGCCAUAUAUGAACAAACGUUGCCCACAACACCUGUAAUAUUCAUUUUAAGUCCAGGAUCCGACCCGACAAUGGACCUGAUGAAAUUGGCCGACAGGUGUGGGAUCCCAAGCAACAUGUUUAAAUUUUUAUCACUCGGGCAGGGACAGGAACCGAUGGCGUUUUCGUUGUUGAAUUCAUCGAUGGAGCUCGGAUGUUGGCUAAUGCUUCAGAACUGUCAUUUGUUGAUUCCGUUUCUUUAUGAUCUGGAAAAAGUGUUGGACAGAAUCACAAGAGUGCAUCCGUCUUUCAGGCUCUGGUUGGCGACCGACGCCACACCUCACUUCCCAGUGGCGAUUCUACAGCGAUCACUCAAAGUGGUCACCGAGCCACCAAACGGGCUAAAGUUAAAUAUCAGAAACACAUAUUUUAAAAUAAGACAAGAGAAACUAGACGAAUGUACUCAUCCAGCUUAUACGACGCUCAUAUACGUGCUAGCUUUUUUCCACGCUGUCGUUCAGGAGAGAAGAAAAUACGAUAAAAUCGGUUGGAACAUAUCGUACGAUUUCAGCGAACCAGAUUUCACCGUUUGCGUGCAAAUACUAAUCAACUAUCUGAACAAAACUCAAGACGAGGGUCCGGACGCCCAAAUGCCGUGGAUCACGCUUAGGUACUUAAUCGGCGAAGUCAUGUACGGCGGACGUGUGAUCGAUAACUUCGAUCGGAGAAUAGUCAACACGUUCAUGGAGGAAUAUUUAGGAGACUUUUUAUUCGACGAAUUUCAACCGUUUCAUUUUUACAAAGACGACAAUGUCGAUUACGCAUUACCAGCGCCCGGAUCUAAAGAAGAUUACCUACUUUCCAUUGAAGAGCUACCGCUUAUUAACGUGCCCGGAGUGUUCGGUUUGCAUCCCAACGCAGAAAUGGGAUAUUUCACCAAAGCGUCCAGAGACAUUUGGAGUAAUCUGUUAGAACUUCAACCGCAGACCGGUGCUGCUGGGGCCGGUGCAAGCCGCGAAGAAUUCAUAGAUUCAGUCGCGAAGGAUAUUCAAGAUAAGGUGCCACCGUUGUACAUACUUAGUAAAGUCAGAAAAAUUUUUGAGAGCAAGUUGACUCCCAGUGCUAUUGUGUUACUGCAAGAGUUGGAACGGUUUAAUUUCUUGAUCGAAAAGCUUCACAUCACGUUGUCUAUGCUCCGGAAGGCUUUAUUGGGAGAAAUCGGCAUGGACAGUGUACUAGAGAGCGUCUCGAUUUCGCUGUACAACGGCCAAAUACCUCCGGCGUGGACCAAGUUGGCUCCGCAAACGUGCAAAAAUCUCGGAGGAUGGAUUGAUCAUUUCGUGCGGCGAAAUCAACAGUACGAGAACUGGUGCAUUUCCGGAGAGCCCGUGGUCAUAUGGCUUUCCGGACUUCACAUUCCAGAGUCCUAUUUGACGGCCAUCGUGCAAAUGGCAUGCAGGAAACGAGGUUGGGCUUUGGAUCAAUCUACCCUGUACACUGCAGUCACUCAGUUCACGAAAGAAGACGACAUAGUCCAAGUACCGGAAACGGGAUGUUAUGUAACGGGAAUUUACUUGGAAGGAGCCCGGUGGAGUUUGGAAAACGAAUGUUUGUCCAGAUCGGAGCCGAAAGUGUUGAUAGAAAAUCUUCCUAUUCUCUCCAUAGUGCCCAUUGAAACUCAUCGCCUCAAACUACUCGUGAGUGUUAACACUAUUCGCACUCCAGUGUACACCACGUCGCAGCGGAGAAACGCUAUGGGCGUUGGCUUGGUGUUCGAGGCCGACUUGAAAACUCGGGACCACAAUAGUCUGUGGAUACUGCAAGGGGUGUGUCUUGUACUCAACACUGACUGAGAAUGGUAUCCGACGAGCAUGACUUAUAAUU